GAUGACACUAGAAAACAAAAGAAAAACCAGCUGAUUAAAAAAACGUUUAUAGUUUAUUGUAGGCUUGUAAAAAUAAAUAAUUUGUAAAAAGAAUUAAUUAAUAAUAUUUACAAUGAGAUCGCCUACUAGAUCCAGAAGUAGACAUAGAUCUCCAGAAGAACGACGUAGACGUUCCCUGUCUAGAGAUCGGAAAGAAAAAGACCGGCGACGCAGACACUCCAGAAGUAGAUCUAGAUCAGUACAAAGUAAAAGAAGUCCCAAUCGCAGAGAAGGCCAUCGGCGUCAUUCACGUAGUACUUCACCAUCUGCUAGUAAGAGUAGAAAUCAUUAUAGGAGAAGUUCCGAACGAAAGGAUAGUAGACGUUCCCGCAGUAAAAAUCGACAUAGAAGUGCUUCCAGUAGUUCAUCAGAUCGAAGUCGUAGUUCGCAUAAGAAGCCUGUAGAGCGAUGGCCCAAUGAUAAGUAUCAUGAAAACAACCAUCACAAAGAAAGGGCAAACAAUCCCUUCCGCGGUCAACCAUCAGCUUCAUUUCCACAAGAGGAAAAAAAACGCCAUGGCUUGGGUUUUCGAGCCAACAAUGGUCGCAAUGACAAGUACAACAAAUUGGAUGCGAAAUAUUUAAAACAGAGAAGAGAAGAACGUGAGGUUAUUGGUAUAGAAGGAGCCGCAGAUGUUUGGGGUAAAAGUCCAGCGCAUCCAGAAGUUUAUUCUGACGAUGAAGACGAUGAUGAUGUUAAACUUUUAGAGCACACAUACCAAGGACCCAAAAAGAAAAAAUCUAAAAAGGGUAAAAAGAAGUCUAGCAAAAAAUCCAAGAAAAAGAAAACCAAAAAACGUAAAAAAUCAAAAAGUAAGAAAAAGAAAAAAGAAAGCUCUUCAGAUGAUUCAUCUUCAGAAGAUUCUGAAUCAUCAUCAAGUUCCAGCGACUCUUCGGAUAGCGAUAACUCAUCAUCCAGUGAUGAUGAUGAUAAAGAAGAGGUGUGGGUAGAAAAAACUGCGGAUAACUUAAAGAAAUUAUCCAAAACCAAAAAGUCUAAAAAAAUGAAGAAAAAACAAAAGAAAUCGAAAAAAUCCCACGAAUCAGAUGAUAAAUACCAAGCAAAAUCAAGUUCUACGAAAAAUACGCACAGCAUCCAGGUACAAGACGAAGAAGAUGAAUUCGGUCCCACGGUACGUCAAACAGGUGGUCUAAAUCAAAAAGAUUUUGGACGCGCUUUACUGCCGGGUGAAGGUGCCGCAAUGGCUGCCUAUAUAGCAGAGGGCAAACGUAUACCACGUCGUGGUGAAAUUGGUUUAACCUCCGAUGAAAUAGCCACCUUCGAAUCGGUCGGAUAUGUUAUGAGCGGCAGUAGACAUCGGCGCAUGGAAGCUGUGCGUAUACGUAAGGAAAAUCAAAUCUAUUCGGCUGAUGAAAAACGUGCUCUGGCUAUGUUCAGCAAGGAGGAACGACAAAAGCGUGAAAAUAAGAUUUUAUCACAAUUUAAGGAUAUGAUUAAUUCAAAGUUACAUGCUAAAGAAAAGAAAUAAAAAAUAUGAAGACGUUUGUAAA